CCCUGGAGCCACGACACGAGGAGGCGCUCCUCCCUUCCCUUCCCUCCCUCCCCUCCGCCAUCUUCGGCUUCUCUUCCUGCGUGCCUCCUCCAAUUUCUUCCUCGCGGUUGUUGCUGCUGCUCGUGGGGGGCUCUUCCCGCCCGGCGCCGGCGCCGGCGCCUCUCCUCCGGCGAAGCCCCGCCCUGUGUUGUGUCGGUCGGCUUUACUGCUGUAAUCCGGCAGACGGACUUGUGGUAGGCGGAAUGCAAUGCCUCUCCUCAAGAGAAGACCUUUCCUCUUACUGGACCCACCAAAGGACUUGAAUCCAUACGAGAAGGUGUUCCAAGUUCGGUUUACCAAGGAGAUAUUCCGAGAUUACCAUAAAUACCUGAAUAGGGUAAACCUUUACCGUGAAAGAGUCUGGACAUGUAAGGUGUCUGGAAAAUCUAAUCUGACAUAUGAGGAAGCACUGGUAUCAGAGCAUCACGCUGCAGAGAAGGCCCAAAAGUUGCCAAGAGAGUUAAUAGAACCUGUUCUACAUAUGAUUCAAUACAGCACUCUUAGCUUGACUGACCUUGUCAACAAAAUAUAUGGUACUCUCCAAGAAGAAUUUUUUGAAAGAUUAGAACUAAAUGGCAGAAAAGAUGGUUCUGUGUCUGCUUGCAAGAUCUUAAAGGUUAUUAUUGGCUCUGGUAACACCAAGACAUAUGAGGUGGGUUGGAUUGGUCAGGACAAUGCAGUGACUAGCACUUCAGUUGUUCAAGCUGAUGAUCUAUUAAUUCGCAAGAAGGCACGUGCCGGUCGUAGCAUGCUGAAAAUAUUUAUCAGGGAGUCGACAUCACAGAAUUCCCCAUGGAUUAUUCAUGCAAAUCUUGCAAAGAAAUAUGGAAUAACCACUGAGCCCCCAAAAGACUUGCUGAAUGGCCAAGGGUUGCCAAAACUGAGAGGACUCGAGAAUGGAACCACAACUGAUGGCAGAAAAAAAUUGAAGAAAGGUGAGCCAAUUGAUGAUCUUCUAUUAAAGCCUACAGCAGAUGAUCCCAACCUGUCAAAAAAACAUCCACUCUCUACAGAUUUCAGAGUGCCUGUAGAUUAUGUCGGAGAUCUACUUAUGGUUUGGGACUUCUGCAUGUCUUAUGGGAGGAUUUUAUGCUUGUCUCCAUUUUCUCUCUCAGACAUGGAGAAUGCAAUCUGUCAUAAAGAAAGCAACCUUGCUCUUCUUGUGGAAAUACAUGCUGCACUCUUCAAUUUGCUCAUCAAAGACAGAGGCGGGUAUUUUACGUUUCUCCAGAACAAGAGAAGGAAAUCAAAGGUAACAUUGGUCACCUGGGCUGAGUAUCUCUGUGAUUUCAUGGAGAUGGUAAGUAAAGAAGAAUUCUCCAGUAGUUUAUCAACUGUAAGAAGGGGUCAUUAUGGACUUCUUCACACUGCUGUGAAGCUUAAAAUUCUGCGGGAACUGGUAGAUGAAGCCAUAACAACUUCUGCUGUAAGACGGAAUAUAGAUGAAAAGAUUGAUCACCAACAAGCAAUUGCGGCAUCAAAAAGAGAGCUUGCUAGAAAUAUCAAGGAAGGGGAGAAGCUGACAAUGGAAGGGGUGGCAGAAAAAGAAACGAGUCAGACAGAUGCUGCACAAAAUGUUAAUGGGAGUGUAAAUGGUCAGGUUGUGGAAAAAGAAGGAAAGGAGAAGAAAAACAAAUAUGCCAACAACAAGAUGGGGGAGGCGAGAAUGCAUCUUGGGAGACACCUUGGGACAGAAUUGGAUAAACAAUCCAUACAGACAGAUUCCCUUGGAAAAGACAGAUUAUACAACAGAUAUUGGUUCUUUAGGCAUGACGGACGACUUUUUGUUGAAAGUGCAGAUUCCAAAGAGUGGGGUUACUACAGCACUAAGGAAGAGCUUGAUGCGCUUAUUGGAUCGUUAAAUGUUAAAGGAAUAAGGGAGAGAGCACUCAAACGACAGCUUGAUAAGUUCUACAAUACGAUAAGCAAUGCUCUAGAAAAAAGAACUAAAGACGUCACCCAGAAAAUGUUGCUUGAAGAGGUUACACUGCGGCGAUCCUCGCGUGUACAGGCCCAACCAAAGGAUAACCCUUCAAUGUCAUUCCUCAAGUAUGUCAACAAAUGGAAAGAAAACUGAGCCAUUUUGUAUUAGAUUAGGCCUUUUCUUUUGCACAUCCUUUUGGAACCCCGCGUAGGGGUCCAUUUUGUCUCUGUAUAGACCAGAUGAGAAAUCUGUCAUUUUAGACAGUCGGCGGGCUUCGGUGAGGAAGCAACGGAUUCGAGCGGACUGCACAGUUAGCUUUAACUAUAGAAUCUCUUUUGUCUAGUGUCCAGUCAAGAGUUUUCAGGUCCAUCCGUUGUAUGGAUAUGGAAUAUGGUUUACACCUCGCACAGUUCCAUGAAUCCAUCAAAUAUUUCCCGUUGUUUGCAUGCGUCACCGUGAAAUAAUCUCUAAUUUUUUGCUGUCUGUGAUGUUUU